CGCCGCCAGGAGCCCUGGGAACAGGGAACGCACCCGGACCUCAGGGAAGCAUAACAGCGCCCGACAGGCAGCGGAGGAGGUGCGAACUUCCCGCAGUUGUCUUCAGCAAAUUCCUAACCGAACCCCGGGGAACUGACUCAGGUUCUCUGUGAACGUGCGGAGAAGAGAGCUUUGCCCUUAGGACGCGGCCGGGAAGGAAGAGUCACUGCUGCACUUGCCCCCUGGGGCUCGGCGGUGGCGGGCUCCGCUUCUUGCAGGGCAGGUCUUGCCGAGCCGAGCUCAGCUCCCGGGGGGCGGGACCGAGCCGCUCCCUCCGCCCCACAAAUUGCUGCCACUGCCUCCGCCGGCCGCUCAGACGCCGCCGCCGCCGCCGCCGCCGCCGCCGCCGCAUCCCACGGCAGAGGCGGCAGCGAGCUCCAGCCGCGUCGCAGCUCCGUGCCGCAGAGAGGCCGGCAGGCGGCACCGCGAGGGACCCGGCCCGGCGCCGCUCGCAUCCCUGGCGCGCAGCUGGGGUCAUGAGAUACUGAAAACCACGCAAGAUAGACCUGGGGAGUCAGGAAACUAUAAAGUCACCAAGACCACAUCCGGGCAGGAAGAAUAAAGGAAGGAAAGAAAGAUUUUCAGCUUCACCCUUCACCUGUCUUAGAAAUAACAACAUAUCAUAAUCAGAGAUUUCACCUGGGCCACAGGCCACGGGCCACCAUGGAUGUGCACCCUGAUGCCCUUGGGGGUCAAAAGGAAACAAGCGACAGCAGCAAGGGAAGCGACAGCCCAGGAGCCCAGCAAGAUGCUGUGACGAGGACAGAUUCAUCGGAGAUGACUGAUGUGGAAUCUGUGACCAGCAGCUUUGCAGCUUCAGCAAGGGCAGGUCGCCGCAAUGCCUUACCUGACAUCCAGAGUCCAGCAGCCACAGGUGGAUCCUCUGAUCUUCCACUGAAGCUGGAGGCAUUGUCCAUGAAGGAAGAUAUUAAAAAGGAGAAUGAAGAGAAAGCACAAGACCAACUGAAAAAGCCCCUAAAUGAAGAAAAAUGAACACUUAGAAUUUCUCCAGGGCAUUGAUUUUGUUCACACUGGGAGACGUAGGGGGUAUGCAUUCCUGAAGUGUUUGAUCUGGUAGUAGUAAUGUGUGUGUUUUAGGUCAUUUUGUUGUGAUACUCUGUCUUUAAACCACAACCAUGAUAGCCAAAUAGGUAAUUAAAAGGUAUUACUUUCAAAUUGCACCCAAGGAAGAACACACUGUUUAUAUAACCAACAAAAUCCACUGUCUGUCUUGGGAUUUACUUAGUCAGAUAUAUGUUUAUGUUCUUACUGAGAUAGAAAAUUUUCUUGAUAUGCAUAAACAGAAACCUAGUAAUUUAAUACUUUGUAGAAUUUGUAGGAAAUUAUAUUUUUUGGUGAGAUGGAAUUAAUAGUACAUAUCACACAUAUAAAAUGUGGUGUUUUUCUUUUUGUCAAAAUUAUACCAUGUUUUCCCCCCAAAAGUUAAGAGUGUUCUGGAAAUAGUGUAAGAGUUGUAACAACAUAAACAUUUCUAGGAUGCUUUCAUCUGAUGUAUUUUGCAUCUAGUCUGUGUAUACUGUGAUUUUUCAUAUGGACCCACAGAAUGUAAAAUUUGUGGCAAAUUGCUUAUAUGAAACAUGUAAUAAAUAAAUUCCACUAUAUUCCUUAA